AAUUCUAAUAUAAGUAGAAAUAAAUACCAUUUUGCAUUUUAAAAUGGUAUGUGAAAAAUGUGAGUCGAAGCUGUCAAAGGUCUCAGCGCCAAAUCCUUGGAGGACAAGCACCGCAGCUGCCGGUGGACGUAAAAUCAACGAGAACAAAGCAUUAUCAUCAGCUAAACAACGGUACAAUCCCAUUGGCAACAGUUUCGCACCAUGUCGCAUUUGCAGGCAGAAGGUGCAUCAGGUGGGAGCCCACUAUUGCCAGGCAUGCUCAUACAAGAAGGCCAUUUGUGCAAUGUGCGGCAAAAAGAUACUAAACACAAAGAAUUACAAGCAGAGCUCUACAUAAGGACGAAUUCAGUUAGACAAUUGUGUUUUAUGUAAAUAAAGUUAAGCUUCAAAAAAUGUCAAAAUGUCUAGGUUUAGUAUAUAGAAGAAA